UUUAAUAAAAUAAAAUAAACCCAAAGUCAAUUUUCCUCGUUCUUCCUUCCUUCCUACUACCUGUCUCUCCCCCUCUCAGCCACAUAAUCUAUCUCUCCCAACCCUUUUUAAAUCCCUCUCCACCCUCCAAAAACACACUGCAUCGAACCCCGUAACCCCCCAAGUCCCAAACCCCCCGAAACCCUCUCUCGCUCUCGGCCAUGGGGGCUCACCGCCGCUUCGAGCCGGUUUCGAAAUGCAGCAGCGAGGGAAGGUCCAAUCAAACAGUGGCCUCCGACCUCGACGGCACGCUCCUCGUCUCGACAAGCGCAUUUCCUUAUUUCCUUCUCGUCGCCCUCGAAGCCGGCAGCCUCGUACGCGCUCUGCUCCUUCUGGCCUCGGUUCCGUUCGUCUACUUCACCUACCUCUUCGUCUCCGAAGCCUUCGCCAUCCAGACUCUGAUCUUUAUCGCCUUCGCCGGAAUCAAGAUCCGAGACAUUGAGCUCGCGGCGAGGUCGGUGCUGCCCAAGUUCUAUUCCGAGGACGUCCAUCCGGAGACUUGGAGGGUUUUCAAUUCCUUCGGAAAGAGAUAUAUAAUCACUGCGAAUCCGAGGAUUAUGGUCGAGCAUUUCGCCAGGAACUUCCUCGGGGCAGAUAAGGUUAUCGGAACGGAGCUCGAGGUUUCGAAAUCGGGACGAGCGACUGGGUUCGUGAAGAAGCCCGGCGUUCUCGUCGGAGAACACAAGAAAGCGGCUAUUGUAAAAGAAUUCGGGACCAAUUCGCCGGACUUGGGGCUCGGAGACAGAGAAACCGACCAUGAUUUCAUGUCCAUUUGCAAGGAAGGGUACAUGGUGCCCAGGGCAAACUGCGAGCCACUGCCGGCGAACAAGCUCCUGUGUCCGGUCAUUUUCCACGAGGGCCGCUUGGUUCAGAGGCCAACCCCUAUGGUCGCCCUUCUAACCUUCUUAUGGAUGCCGAUCGGCAUCAUUCUCUCCAUCGUAAGGGUCUACCUCAACAUCCCCUUGCCGGAAAGGGUUGUCUGGUACACAUACAAGAUCCUCGGCAUCCGCCUCAUCGUCAAGGGAACCCCGCCGCCGCCCCCCAAGAAGGGCCAGCCCGGCGUCCUCUUCGUCUGCAACCACCGCACCGUGCUCGACCCCAUCGUCACCGCGGUGGCGCUCGGCCGGAAAAUCAGCUGCGUCACUUACAGCAUCAGCAAAUUCUCCGAACUCAUCUCACCCAUCAAGGCCGUGGCCUUGUCCAGGGAACGAGAGAAGGACGCUGCCAACAUCAAGCGUUUGCUCGAAGAAGGAGACUUGGUGAUCUGCCCGGAGGGGACGACUUGCCGGGAGCCGUUUCUUCUCCGAUUCAGCGCCUUGUUCGCUGAGCUCACCGACCGGAUCGUGCCGGUGGCCAUCAACACGAAGCAGAGAGUGUUUUACGGCACAACGGUGCGGGGGCACAAGCUGCUGGACCCAUAUUUCGUGUUCAUGAACCCGAUGCCGACGUACGAGAUCACGUUCCUGAACCAGCUCCCGGCGGAGCUGACUUGCAGAGGCGGGAAGCCGCCCAUUGAAGUGGCGAACUAUAUACAGAGGGUGCUGGCCGGAAGCCUGGGGUUUGAGUGCACCAACCUGACCAGAAAGGAUAAGUACGGGGUGAUGGCCGGCACGGACGGCCGAGUUCCGGCGAAGAAGGAGAAGUCAUAGGGGAAAUGGAAGGAUGAAGAAGAAUGCAAAAGCGAUGAUGAUGAAGAUGAUGGCUGGCUGGAAAUGCUUUGGCUAUAAUUUGUUUUUCAAUUUUCGGCAAUAAUUGUUGAUUGUGAUGGCAACUAAUUAAUAUAUAAUAUAUAUAUAAUAUUAAAUUUAAUAA